UCGUCUCUGGUGGGGAAGAGGAGCCAGCGAGCAGCGGCGGCGGCGGCUGCUGCUGCUGCUGCAGGCGAGACCGCUAGUCAGUUUCGCGCCUCUCUCCCCCACAUCUGCUAAGGUGGUGACACGGAUCGCUCGUCUUCGGGCGAGAGGGGACGGGAGUCUCACCAGCAACCCUUCGCUGCUCUCUGCUCCCCAUCACACCCGGAAUCCAGGAGCAGCAGCGGAGGUGGCGGCGGCUGUGGAGGAGAUUUGGGAUUGUAGCCAAUCCAGAGCGCAAAGAAGCGGAGGCUGCGUCUGCCUGACAGCCCCCCAUUCAUCCUCUCUCUCCCUCCCGCACCUUGUGCCCGCUUGGCUUGGGACCUGGGUUGGAAAAUGAAGAUGCCGUGACGUCUAAAGGUUGGUUGCCCGAUGGGCAAGUUUGGUGGGGCCAAGUAAAGGAGUCCGGUGUAAGAAGGAGCCGCGGGACUCUUCAUCCCGCACCUAGCGCUCCUCCGUCUCCCCUACCCACCCCAACGGCCACGGGGGCUGGAUUAUUAUUCCUGUUGUUGCAUCCCUGCCAAAGAGGAGCGUGCCUCACCCACGAGGGAGCCUGAGGAUCACAGUCCGGAUCAUGUAGAGCCCCAAUUGUUUCUCGCUUAGCAAAUCCAUCUUAAUUCAACCGGACUGACUCCCAAGCAAGUGUGCAGAGGAUUUACAACUCCUUUAACAGCGCGAUCCUAUGCAUGUCUUAUCAGAAGUGAGUCCAUUUGAAUUACUCCCAGGUCACCCAGUUGUUAUGAACAAUGGCUCAGCUGUACUACAAAAAGGUGAACUACUCGCCCUACAGAGACCGGAUCCCCUUGCAGAUUGUGCGGGCAGAAGCAGAACUGUCAUUGGAGGAGAAGGCCUACCUCAGUGCUGUGGAAAAGGGGGACUAUGCCAGUGUGAAGCAUGCCUUGGAGGAGGCUGAAAUCUACUACAACAUCAACAUUAACUGCAUGGACCCUCUUGGACGCAGUGCCCUUUUAAUAGCCAUAGAGAAUGAAAACCUGGAGAUUAUGGAGAUGCUACUGAGCCACAGUGUCUACGUGGGUGAUGCUCUCUUGUAUGCAAUAAGGAAAGAAGUGGUGGGGGCUGUGGAGCUUCUUCUGAACUAUAGAAAGCCAAGUGGGGAGAAACAGGUCCCCACAUUAAUGAUGGACACUCAGUUUUCGGAGUUCACCCCUGAUAUAACCCCCAUAAUGCUGGCGGCUCACACCAACAACUAUGAAAUCAUCAAGCUGCUAGUCCAAAGACGGGUCACGAUCCCGCGCCCGCACCAGAUCAGAUGCAAUUGUGUGGAAUGCGUCUCCAGUUCUGAAGUAGACAGCCUGAGGCAUUCCAGGUCAAGGCUGAAUAUUUACAAAGCUUUGGCCAGCCCUUCGUUGAUUGCCUUAUCUAGUGAGGACCCGAUCCUGACGGCCUUCCGGCUGGGUUGGGAGCUGAAGGAGCUCAGCAAAGUGGAGAAUGAGUUCAAGGCCGAGUAUGAGGAGCUUUCACAGCAGUGCAAGAGGUUUGCUAAAGACCUUCUGGACCAGGCACGGAGCUCCAGGGAGCUGGAAAUCAUCUUGAACCACAGGGAUGACCAAAGCGAAGAAUUAGACCCGCAGAAAUGUCAUGACUUGGCAAAGCUAAAGGUAGCAAUAAAGUACCAUCAGAAAGAGUUUGUUGCCCAGCCCAACUGCCAGCAGCUGCUAGCGACGCUUUGGUAUGAUGGCUUUCCCGGAUGGCGGCGAAAGCAUUGGGUGGUCAAGCUCUUGACAUGCAUCACCAUUGGACUGCUGUUUCCCGUGCUUUCUGUGGCCUACCUGAUUGCCCCUAAGAGCAGGCUGGGACUGUUCAUCAAAAAGCCAUUUAUAAAGUUUAUCUGCCACACUGGCUCCUACCUUACCUUUCUCUUCAUGCUCCUACUGGCAUCGCAGCACAUUGUCAGGACUGACCUCCACAUGCAGGGACCUCCUCCAACCAUCGUUGAAUGGAUGAUCCUCCCAUGGGUUCUAGGUUUUAUCUGGGGCGAAAUCAAAGAGAUGUGGGACGGAGGCUUCAAUGAGUAUGUUCACGACUGGUGGAACCUGAUGGAUUUUGCAAUGAACUCUCUCUACCUGGCAACGAUCUCUCUGAAAAUUGUUGCAUAUGUCAAGUACAAUGGUUCCCGUCCAAGGCAGGAGUGGGAAAUGUGGCACCCCACCCUCAUUGCAGAAGCCCUCUUUGCAAUAUCAAACAUUUUAAGCUCCUUGCGUCUCAUCUCCCUGUUUACAGCAAACUCUCACCUGGGACCCCUGCAGAUCUCUCUGGGACGUAUGCUGCUAGAUAUUCUCAAGUUCCUAUUUAUUUACUGCCUGGUGCUGCUGGCUUUCGCCAAUGGACUGAACCAGCUUUAUUUCUAUUACGAGACCAGUGCCUCGGAAGAACCCAACAAUUGCAAGGGGAUCCGAUGCGAGAAGCAGAACAAUGCCUUCUCCACGCUCUUUGAAACUCUACAGUCACUCUUUUGGUCUGUGUUUGGUCUGCUGAACCUCUACGUCACUAAUGUGAAAGCCAGGCAUGAAUUCACAGAAUUUGUUGGGGCCACCAUGUUUGGCACGUACAACGUCAUCUCCCUAGUGGUCUUGCUAAAUAUGCUCAUAGCAAUGAUGAAUAACUCCUACCAGCUCAUAGCAGACCACGCAGAUAUUGAAUGGAAGUUUGCACGCACCAAGCUCUGGAUGAGUUACUUUGAUGAAGGUGGCACUCUGCCACCUCCUUUUAACAUCAUCCCCAGCCCCAAGUCCUUCUGGUAUCUUUGCAAGUGGAUCCACAACCAACUCUGCCCGUCUCAGGACCCAGAGAAUGAUCAGAAAAAGCAUGAAAACCUGAAGACAUUCACAGAACGUCAUGCUGACAACUUGAUUCAGAAUCAGCACUAUCAGGAAGUGAUCAGGAACUUGGUGAAGAGAUAUAUUGCAGCAAUGAUAAGAAAUUCAAAAACCAAUGAAGGAUUAACCGAAGAAAACUUUAAGGAAUUAAAGCAGGAUAUCUCUAGUUUCCGGUAUGAAGUCCUUGACCUCUUAGGCAACCGAAAACCCCAGCGGAGAAGCUAUUCCACCAGCAGCACAGAAGUCUCCCAGAAGGAUGACGCUAAUGAGGACACUGCUGGAGAAACAUCCAAAGCGAAGAGCGUUCCUUUUGGCACAGCCAACAAGAAGAAAGAUUUCAACGUGUCGGCUCUGAUUAAGACUAUGUCUGGGUUCGAAAUGGUCAGCGAGAAGCCCAAAAGCAAUGGGAUCAACAAGCGCUCCUUCAUCCGCAAUGGAAACAGGGUCCAAAGGCUCUCUAGCUCCAAGAAAGAGUCCUUCAAGCGACUGGGCCUCCUUUUUUCCAAGAUGAAUGGCCACCUCCCAGAGCCAAACUCAGAGCCCAUGUACACCAUCUCCGAUGGGGUCAUCCAGCCACACCUCAUGUGGCAAGACAUUAAGUAUUCUCAGAUGGCUAAAGAGCGAGACGAGAACUGCUCCAAGAGUGAAAUUAACCUCAAUGAGGUGGACUACAGUAGGAACGUCAGACAUACGGGACAGAGCCAGUGCCCUGCGGUUUGUUCCAGUUCCCUUCACUGUGCUUCCAGCAUCUGCACCUCUAAUUCCAAACUCAUAGACUCCUCUGAGGACGUUUUUGACUCGUGGGGAGACGCCUGUGAUUUGUUUAGGAACCAAUGGAAAGAUGGACAGGAGGAACAGGUUACCACUCGCCUAUAAGUACAGCUAUUCAGUAACCUGCUGCAGAACAUAACUAUUACUAGAAACUGUUUGCUAUCACAGAUUAUUCAUAGUUAGGAGGUCUCCUCCCCCCCCCCCCGGCCUGCCAUUUUGUCUCUACUGAUGAGUGCAGAAUUCAUAUUGUUUUAGCGGCAUUCUUAAUUCAAAUGGCCAAAUCCUUUGAACAACACACAAAAAUCUAUAUAAUACAUUCUAAGGUUGCUUCAUACAGGUUCCUUUCUUUCUUCUCCUGCAAUCUCUUUAGGAUUUAUAUAUUUUUGUUACAGAACACUGGAGAACCUCUCAAGCAUUUGCUUCUUUUCCAACCUCACCUUGGUUAGUAGCUCUGCUUUGUGCCAUUUUACAUUCCAUUUUUUUCUGGCCGUUUACUGCUCACUAGGAUCAGCAGAUGCUCAGUGACUUAGAUGGAAGUCAAGAGCCAGGCUGAGACUACAGGCAAGGCUAAGGGUUCAAAUAUAUAAUGAGCUUUUCGCUUUCAAGCAAUACAACUCCCCAUGAUUUCAACUCAACUGUAUGUCUUUUAUUAAGGUUGCAUAUUGUUUUCUUAUUGUAAAUUAUUACCACAAUGAGUUAAAGCUGAGUUCUGGAACUUA